UUCUGAGAUGCUUGGGGAUACCUGCGAGACUCAUUACCAACUAUUCUUCCGCCCACGAUAACAAUGCCAAUUUACAGCUGGACUUCUUUCUGGAUGAUGAAGGGAAAGUGGACACCAAACUUACAAAAGACUCUGUCUGGAACUAUCAUUGCUGGAAUGAAGCUUGGAUGACCAGACCUGAUCUUCCUGUUGGUUUUGGAGGAUGGCAGGUUGUUGAUGGGACACCCCAAGAAACAAGCGAUGGUAUGUACAGGUGUGGCCCAGCCUCAGUUCAAGCCAUUAAACACGGUCACGUUUGCUUCCAAUUUGAUGCUCCUUUUGUCUAUGCUGAGGUGAAUAGUGAUAUUGUUUACUCAAGAAAGGAGAAAGAUGGAACCCAAGUGAUAGAAAAUAUUGACAGAACCCACAUUGGGCAGCUGAUUGUGACCAAGGAAGUUGGGGGUGAUGGAAUGAUGGACAUUACUGAGGAGUACAAGUUCCAAGAAGGCUCUGAGGAGGAGAGACUGGCUCUUGACACUGCGGUGAUGUACGGCGUUAAAAAGCAAACUACCCAAGAUACCAUGUAUCAUCCACAGACGGAUGUUGACAUGGAAUUCCAAGUGCAAAAAGCAGUCCUUGGCAGUGACUUUAAAGUCACUAUAACUUUCAGGAAUAAAAGCCGCAACUCCUACACUGCUACUACAUACCUUUCAGGCAACAUAGUGUUUUAUACAGGAGUCACAAAAAAUGAAUUCAAGAAGCACUCUUUCAGUGCAAAACUGGAACCUUCUUCAUCCAGCACUUUUGAUGUUGUGAUCAAAUCAAGCGAGUACCUGAAUGACCUGCUGGACCAAGCAUCCUUUCACUUCUUUGUGACCGCUCGGAUCAAUGAAACAGGAAAGAUCCUGGCCAUGCAGAAGGCGACGGUUCUGGAAAUUCCUACCCUACGUAUCAAGACCCAAGGUGAGACAGUAGCUGGCAAACAAAUGUCUGUGACUGUGGAAUUCACCAACCCUCUGAAACAAACCCUGGAGAACGUCACGCUCCGCCUCGAGGGACCCGGCGUGCUGCGAACGAUGAAGAAGGAGUUCAGGCAAAUCCCCGCAAACUCUACCUUGAUCUGGGAACUAAAAUGCAUCCCAAAACAACCAGGGUUACGAAAGCUGAUUGCGAGCCUCAAUUGUGAUGCUCUGAGGCAUGUGUAUGGUGACCUGAAAGUCCAGAUUCAGAAACCAUGA